AUGGCUUCUUUAAGGACAAAAGCGACUAGAGACGGCAGUGAUGAGCAGAGUAACAAUGCACAAACGACGGAAAUUCAAUCUCAAAAUGAUGUAUACCAAUGGAAGAUCAAGAAAGUCCUAGGGGAGCAUGAUGUGGCGCUGGACCGAAUGUUCAAGUUCACGAGAACAGAAGCAGAGCAUGUGCUUUGUAACAUUGGCAAUGACAGAGUUGUUAAAGCCAAGGAAGGAGGGGAUGUGAGGGUCAAGAUGAUGGACUUAGACACUAAGACUCAGCACGAAUUGUCCUUUAGGAAGGUCAAGUCUGGGAAUGUCUUUGGGUUUAAGCUUGGUUGGUUGACUCAUUUUGUCGUCAGGAGAAAGCUCAAGGUUGGUGAUGAGAUUGGGAUGUAUGUGGAUCCUACUACUUCUGUGUUCUACUUUUCUGUGUUGUCUAGAGCUAGUGUAGAAGAUUUUAGACCUGUUUAA